UUCAGCUCAAUAUUGUUCAGUUGUAAUAAAACAUUUUUGCAACAUUAAUAGUGACCGAAUAGUCACAAAUAGCAUUGAGAGAGUGGUUGGUUAAAUUAGGUUACUGAUUUCCCUAAUUAGUGCAAAUUAAAUCGUCAUUUGUGAUCUCUUGUGAGUGACCCAAUUUAUAGGGAUGCUAAGCGGCGGGCGGGCGCGGGUGCCAAAAUGUGCCCGAUGCCGAAACCACGGUCUCAUCUCCAGCCUCCGCGGACACAAGAAAGCUUGUCGCUAUCGUACCUGCCAGUGCCCGAAGUGUGGACUCAUCAAGGAGCGGCAGCGAAUCAUGGCAGCUCAGGUAGCCUUAAAGCGGCAGCAGGCUGCAGAAGAUAAAAUAGCCCUGCACCUGGCCUCCGUAGAAAGCGGGACUGCACUGGAGGCCCUGCCUCCCGGCCGCAUUUAUGGCAUGAGGGUCACGGGGCCGUGUCCAAGCCCCGACCAGCCUGACUCGGCGGCCGAUGACCACACGCCUAUCCACAUCGACAGCGAGACGAGUGACUCUCUACCAGACUGCUGCGCGGCUUCUCCGGACUCCGGCGGCAACACUUCAACCUCUCCAAGACCACGUGUCAGCGGCAGCGAAGAAGCCGAAGCAGAGGCGUCCGUGAGCUCAGCAGGUCUCGAGAUGCUGAGCAAGCUGUUCCCCGGCAAGAAGCGGUCCGUGCUCGAGCUCGUGCUGCGUCGGUGCAACCAUGAUUUGCUGCGGGCGGUUGAGCAUUGCAAUGUGCAACAUGCCCAAACGGAUAAAACAUUACUAGCCAGCGCCGGCGCAAGCACCAGCUACGACCCUGUAUCGAGCUCCGAAGAGCGCUGGUCAGCCUUCAGACCAGUAGGCCCGCGGCCGUUGUUACAACAACUACCGGCUUUAGUCAUGGGUCGAGUCUGUGGUUCCGAGUGGUUGGUACCUCUGCCUGCGUUGCCAGCUUUAUCUGGACCGUUGCUGCUACCGUUGCAACAUCAGCCACCGGUUUGCAACCCCUGCGCCCCUGACUGUAGGCAAUGUAAUCGUCACUAGUUUGGAUAAGUUGUCUCGGCCGUGGCUAUUGCUACUAUUCGCGUUAGUCAUGGGACGAGUCUGCGGUUCCAUGGUUGAUACCCCUGACUGCGUUGACAGUUCUUUCUGGACUGUAACUACUGCCAUUGCAACGUGAGCCAUCGGUUUGCAACCCAUGCGCGCCUGAUUGUAGGCAAAUGUAAUCUUCAUAAAAUUUGAUCGACAAGUAAUUAACUGCAAGUUAAUAGUUUUAAUUAAUUAUACUUAUAGAGGUAGUCAUUAAUAGGUUAAGAUAUCUAUUAAGGCUUAUUGAUCAAUGAUCAUUUUUAAUGCCAAAGAAAAUUGCCAAAUAUUAGUAAAGUAGGUACUAUAAUUAAGGAUCUACUAUGAUCUUCUUUUAUAUUAAUCUGUAUUUAAUGACUCGGUUUGUACGCAAUUUAUUAUAG